AUGUCAGGGGAACUGGAAGCCAAGAGCAGGGACGACACACAGAGCCAUGAACAGAAAUUGUGCUACAGGUGGACCAUUAGCAACUUCUCUUUUUUUGUUGAGGAAACGGAGGAAUAUAUUACAAGCCCAGUGUUCUCAUUAGAGGACAAUGACAAAAUGACAUGGUGUUUGAGAGUAUACCCAACCGGGGUUGAUGAAAAAAACAAAGAUUACGUGUCACUUUAUCUGAUUUUGCUCAGCUGUGAAAAGGGCUCAGUUUGGGCAAAGUUCGAGGUUUGUAUCUUAAAUGCCAAGGGUGAAAAAUGCAAUACAGAAAGGAUCCCAAGCUUUUCUAGAAUACUGCAGUACCAGGCCCUUGGAUUUGAAAAGUUUAUCAUUCGACAUACCUUCUUGUCUCUAGCCCAAGUGCUAACACCAGAUGACAAAUUUACCGUCCUCUGCAAGGUGAGCGUACUCCAAGACUCCUUCAGCAUUUCUGGACAGAACCCAAGACCUGCAAUCAAGGUUACAAGGUGCGCAUUGGAAGAUGACGUAGGGGAGCUGUGGGAGAAUUCCCUCUUCACAGACUGCUGCCUGUUGGUAGCUGGCCAUGAAUUCAGGGCUCACAAGGUCAUCCUGGCAGCUCGCUCUCCAGUUUUCAGAGCCAUGUUUGAACAUGAAAUGAAGGUGAGACUAACAAACCGUGUUGAGAUCCAUGACCUGGAUCCCCAAGUCUUCAAAGAGAUGAUGGGCUUCAUCUACACUGGGAAGGCAUCACACCUCCACAGCUACUCUAUGGCCAGUGAUGUGCUGGCAGCUGCUGACAGGUGUGGACUGAAGGGCUUGAAGGUCAUGUGUGAGGAUGCCCUCUGCAGGAACCUCUCUGUGGAGAAUGCUGCACACACUCUCAUCCUGGCUGAUCUCCACAGCAUAGAGCAUCUGAAGAUUCAGGCCCUGGAUUUCAUUACAGUUUAUGCUUCCGAGGUCUCUAAGACUUCAGGGUGGAUGUCAAUGAGGGAGUCACAUCCCCACUUGGUGGCUCAAGCAUUCCACUCUCUGGCUUCUACACAUCGUAUUUUCGGGGCCCUCCCUUUCAAACAACUUAAGUGGUCUUUAAGACCUACUCAGCUAUGACCUACACCUGUCUUCCAACAGCAACUGGGAAAUAUUCUUCCCAGUGACUCCUCCUUAGACAAUGGUAUUGCUGGAACAUUUACACUGAAUUUGGGGGAGGGCAGCAUGGUGGCCCAGGAUUUGCAAUAGUUCUAAAUAUGUUGGAAUGGUGGUUGGGAAAAUGGACAGCAUUGGAAUCUGGAACAGUCUACCUGACAUCUAUUCUGUUGAUCUUCUCAUUUAAUUUUUGUCUGAUGUCUUGGAAUCUGGGAUUGAACUUAGGUAUUGGCCUGAAGCACAGACCAAAAGGGUUUCUUCAGAGAAAUGUGUCUGCAUUGGGCUAACAGAAAAGAUGACCAGGGGCUCAGAGCAAAGGAGAAAUCAAACAUGAAUGUUUAUUCUUAAGAGAAGUAAAGGGGAAAGAAAGCUUUGUUUUUUUUUUAAACUCAGUUUGGGGUGGGGGUUGGAGGUGGGGACAUCCUUGUGCAGUUGGGGGCAGGGAGGAAGUGUGGGAAGUGGUAUGGGGAUGGAUUGAGAGAGGAAUAAAAUCUGGAGCUUAAAGUAAAAUAAAAUAAAAUAAAAUAACUCAGUUUGGUUGUUUGAAUAAGCAUGGCCCAUGAAAAUUGACACUACUAGGAACUGUGGCCAUGUUGGAGGAAGUGUGCUCUUGUUAUAGGAAGUUUGUCCUCACUGUGGAGGCAUGGCUUUGAGGUAAUAUAUGUGGUCAAGCUCUAGCCAGUGUCAGUUUCUUCCUGACUGCCUUUAUAUCAAGGUGCUCAGUUCCUCCUCCAACAUCAUGUCAGCUUGGACACUGUCAUGUUUCUUGUGAUGAUGAUAAUAGACUGUACCUCUGAAAUCUAAGCCAGCCCCAAUUAAAUGUCCUUUUUAAAAGU